AUGACAAUCUUGGUCCACGUCCAUGACAAGGUCGUGGCAGUGUGCUGUGGGUCGGGCAGCCAGCGCCUCGAGUGGCUGGGACACGUCGGGAUUGCACGGUACGACCCAAUCAAUGUGCAAGGCUGGAUGCAGUUUGGAAGACCAGUGGCGGUUCGAAAUGCCAAAGGUGCUGCGCUCGCGAUGACCGACAUUAUUUGCGAAGUCCUGCUUGACAAAGACCAUGUUUAUAUCGACACGUCCCGAACGCCUUAAUGAUGAAAUGCCUAUGAAGCACAUGUACACCACAAUUUUACGCUGCCUUCGCCGAGCCAGUCACGACGGGCGCUAACACACUCCGCACAAAGUCUCGUUCUUGCUCCAUCGAGGCGGAUGGAUGGAGCCAUUCCCACACGGCCACCACGC